AGUCCAAUGGCGGAGAAUCUCCCGGCGGACCGGAGGGCCGAAAGGAGUACGUCGCCGGUGGGCGGGACGCGCCACCCGGUGUACAGAGGAGUGAGGAAGCGGCAGUGGGGGAGGUGGGUGUCGGAGAUCCGGGAACCGAGAAAGAAGUCGAGGAUCUGGCUGGGCUCCUUCCCCACGCCGGAGAUGGCCGCCCGGGCCUACGACGCCGCGGCAAAAUGUCUCAAGGGAGCGAACGCCCAGCUCAACUUCCCGGACCAAGCCCACCUCCUCCCCCUCCCCUCCACGCGGGCACCGGGAGACAUCAAGGCUGCCGCCACCGCCGCCGCGAAGCUCGAGACUCCGAGCUCUGCUGCUUCCGCUUCUGUUUCUUCUUCUGCUUCCACUCAUUCUUGUUCUAGUUGUUUGGUGGUCGGAGAGGAGGGGGAGGUGAAGUCGGAGUUGGAGGACUUCUGGGCCGAGAUCGAGCUGGCUGAAUUAAUGAACGGUCGGAUGUCUCCUGUUUUAUCCCGGGAGACAUGGUGCUGGGACACGUGCACCGAUCAUGCGAUUUAUCUGUGAGAUCUAAUGUUACCAAAAUUAGCGUAGAAGGGGCUCUUUUUAAUCAAGCGUAGACGUAUGUAUAAUGAGUGAGGCGGUGAAGAGAGGGGGAAGAGGAUUCAGCGCAAUGGUCAAGCUAUGAUCACAAAAAAGAAGAACAACGAAUAAGUUACAGAGUGCUCCGAAAUUUGUCUUGUACAUUGGUAUCCAUUAUAGAAGAAAGAUUAUCCAAGGCUUGAAUGUAUCUUAAAGAGAACAUCUUUAACUGAAGACUUCUUUUAUUUAAAAAAAAGAAAAAAAGAAUUUCUCCCAAGCCAGAUUUGCCAAUAGAGAGUAAUGAUGAGUUGGUCCGAAGUCCUUCUGAAGUAUGGUUGUAUAUUUUUUCUUCUCCAAGUGGUUCAUAAAGCUUGUAAAUUAGGUAGCCAUGUGUGAAACUUUAGAACGUGAACCAGAUGCUUUUAAUGAAGAGGCACUUGGUCAAUCGAUCUGAUGCAGUUUCAAAGUUUGCUUCACAAGGAGUUCACCGCAUAACCUUUUCU